AUAUUUAUUUUUUUUUUAAAAAAAUGAGUAAUGCAGCCUGCAAAUAGAGGCGAAUGGCGUUCGUUUUGUAUUUUUCUGCUCAAAGGUCGGUUUAAAAUGGGUUUAUUUUGCGCUGGAAGCAGAAGCCGUCUUAUGUGAUAUGGCAAACAGACAGCUGACCACCAUACAUCACUCUGCUCCUGCAAACACCGGACUGGGCUUUCUGGCUAUGUAUCCGUUCUCAGGUCCCACAACCCUACCCGAGUUUGAGGUCGGAUCUCCAAGUACGUCUGGUCACCUGCUACGACGAAAGCUCUCAAACACCAGCUGGGAGAUGCGAUGUCUCAGGAAGCAACGGAGGAGAAGUGGUGAUGAAGGAUGCAGUGCCAAAAGGAGGAGGUUGAUGGUGGAAGCAGAAGUGGACAUUUCAGAGAAUUCCAGUGAAGUCCAUCACACAUGGCCUCCAACAAACAGAUGCCCUCCUCUGUUGCCACAGGAAGUCAGUUCUUCAGCACCAUCGCCCUGUGUGCCACAUCAGAAGUUAGAGUUGCAUCAUCCAUCUGUUGUCCUAUCCCAGCCUGAGAUGGAGGGAUCCUGCAUGGAGAUAGAAGCGGCUCAGAGGAAGCUUCAGGAGAUUGAAGACAGAAUAACGCUGGAGGAUGAUGAUGAGGACGAGGAUCUAGAUGUGGAUCCAGCCCCGAGACGGCCGGUGCUGGUGCUGUCCGACAGUCUGAAGGAGGGUCUGCAGCGGGGCAUCAGUGACAUCCUCCCACACACAGUAGCACAGUCUGUGAGUCAUUCCUGUAUGGAGUUGGUCUUGUGGCGUCCACCAGAUGAUCCCUUCUGUCGGAAGUUAAAAGGCUCGCUGCAGAAGCAACGAAAACAACAGACAGCAUUGCACCAACCCCCCACGCCAUGCCCAUCUCCGACCCCUGACAGCUCUGUUAGCCCCCCCACUCUGGUUGCAGACACACAUUCUCCUCUGUACGGCUUUGCUGUGAGCCACGGAUCUGCUGAGGAGGAGAUGGAAAUGUAAAACCUCCUGAGGCCCAAAGCUAAAUGCUGCAGAGGACCUGACUGUGCUGAGUGAGGUGUGUUGACUUUGUAUCAACUUUGUGGUCUUUUUGGCAAUGCCUUUUUGCUUUGUUUUUCUUCUCUCUCUGUCCUGGUGAUAUGUGGUGUAGGAAAGUGGCACUGGCGACAAACGUGUUUGAACUAUUAUGUUAAUAGGGCAGCACAGUCUUGUUUAAACCCCUGCGUGAUAUCGUGGGAUUUGACCACAUCCGGGGACAGUCUGCACUAACACAGCAGAGACUAAUCCCCGGGCGGAGUGUGGGAGUUUCAGCACAAACCAUUCGGAGGAUGGGGGUUUCAGCCAAAACCAUUUUAAAACAGCACGGCUUCAACCUGUGUCGCAGACCGAACAGUCCCCCCCCCCCCCCCCCCCCCCUUACAAUUGGUCCAUCCUACCUUCACAGUGCAUGCGUCAUUUUGGAGCUCAGCAGCCCAUCCUCGUCCCCCGAAUGGUUUGUGCUGACACUCCCACACUGUGCCCGGGAAUUAGUCUCUCCCCACAAACAGCAUCACUUCUGUUUUGUUUUCAGCUGCAGUCACUGAAGCAAUUGCGAAAAGUGCAGUUUUUUUCGGUUCCCAGUGGAGAAGCGAAGACUAUUCAAAUGGGAGAGGUCGUAUUGGUAAGUGUUAGCCUACACAGCUAGCCAGAGUAGCUGUGUUCUCUCACCUGCACAACCGCCUCAACACGUUUGAGCUCCGGGUCAUAAACAAACUGCAACACAUCUACUUUCUGCCACAUUGUCAAUUUUUCUUUGCAUUUUCACUUUGUUUGCUGUGUAAUUUAUCCAAAAACUCAGAGAAAGUGCCGUGUUUCUGCUGGAGUCACGAGGGCUGUCCCCGGAUAUAGGAUUAUUGCGUCAUAGGAGUCAUAUUUUAACACUUUAGCACCCGUUCUCAAAUGAGACUGCGGGGCUCAAUUUUAAUCCUUGACAGCUGUCAGUCUCUAAAUACUUUUUUCCUUAAAAAAAAAAAAA